ACUCCUCUCUGUAUACUUGCCUUUCCAGUACACUUGCAUUAUGGUAGCGAAGCAGGCUAGUGGCUGUUCCAAAUUCGCUUUUCUUCACACCACUGUAACUGAGUCAAGCCUUGUAUCGCAGCAGGGGAGAAGAGCUGUCAAGAUACUUGAAUCCGUCUGGCUAGCUGGUGAUGCGUAAAGUCACUAUACCCUCGUCCAGAGCAGGGGCAUCCCCUGCUCCAGACUACUGGAUAGAUGGAUCGAAGAAGGAGACCCUGGCUGACUACUAUGAGUUGGAGUCCGAAUUGGGACGGGGAGCGACGUCGGUGGUGUGCAGAUGUCGACAGAAGGGAACACUGAAGCCGUACGCUGUGAAAACACUGAAGAAAACAGUGGAUAAGAAGAUAGUUAGGACAGAGAUAGGUGUUCUACUUCGACUCUCUCACCCAAACAUUAUCAAACUAAAAGAGAUCUUUGAGACCCCUUCAGAGAUCAGUCUGGUCUUGGAACUUGUGACUGGAGGAGAGCUAUUUGAAAGGGUUGUGGAGAAGGGCUUCUACACUGAGCGGGAUGCUGCUGAUGCUGUCAUACAAGUACUAGAAGCUGUUGCAUACCUGCAUGAGAACGGCGUGGUGCACCGAGACCUGAAACCUGAGAACCUCCUAUACGCUACCGCAGCACCAGAUGCUCCCCUCAAAAUAGCUGAUUUUGGUCUGUCGAAGGUCAUCGAUGAUCAGGUCACAAUGAAGACUGUUUGUGGUACACCAGGAUACUGUGCCCCCGAGAUUCUGCGAGGAAGUGCUUAUGGACCUGAGGUUGACGUGUGGUCGGUGGGAGUUAUCACGUAUAUCUUGCUAUGUGGCUUUGAACCAUUCUUCGAUGAAAGAGGGGACCAGUACAUGUUCAAGAGGAUCCUCAACUGUGAAUAUGAGUUUGUCUCCCCCUGGUGGGACAAUGUGUCCUUCAACGCCAAGGACCUGGUGAGAAAGCUGAUUGUCCAGGAUCCAUAUAAACGGCUGACGACCUUGCAAGCGCUGGAGCACCCCUGGGUGACUGGGAAGGCAGUUAACUCAGCCCAUAUGGACACUGCUCAGAAGAAACUGCAGGAGUUCAAUGCACGCCGAAAACUCAAGGCUGCAGUAAAGGCCGUGGUGGCUUCGUCACGAUUGGGCAGCGCUGGCAGUCACGGCAAUGCUGACAACAGCAAGAACAUCAACUGCAACAACUCCGCCAAUCAGAAAGAGGCACAAGAGGAGCAGCCACGGAACGACCAAUCACAGUCAAAGAUCCAGGAAGGAUCCUAACUGUGGAUCUCCUCUGUUGUUGUGACCCUGUGCAGACAUUCUACCCUCCUGUUGGACUGUGAAAUUGCUGAGAGGAGCUAUGUGAUCUCACCUGUACUGGAGAUACUCUGCCUGGCUUUAUUGCAUGUGACUGAUUUAUUAAACGAUGUACAACCAUAUUGACUCGGUACAUUGGAACGACAUGCCUACAAGUAUUUAAAGUAAAUGUGAAAUCAGAGUUUACUACUGCACAUUCCCAUUUCAUAACUCACACAAGUAGCUUCAUUGGAUGGUUUAUCUCUUCCAUUAUACCAUGUUAUAACUGCAAAAUGGCCUCCAAGUGUUCCCAGUAUUAAUUUGCCAGUUUGUAAAUUAAUUCAUAACAUUUGGCAGAAUAAGCAUAGUAGGUCAAUAUGUGUUCUGGUAAUCAUCAUGCUGCUUUGGUGACAGAAUAUAGACUGAAGAAUCGAUCUAGGUUGAUUUUCAAUACUGGUUGAGUAAGUCGACAGUAUCUGGAGAACUGGUUGGACACAUUUUCCAGGCGGUCAUAAAUUUAACCUUUAUUACAACUUCUAAGGAGAAUGCCUUAUUAUUGUAUCUUAUUAACUGGAUUUUACACUCCCUUUGUAAGAAAUAUUUCAUAUCUUGUUAAGAAAUGUUCAAAUCAAUCAAUUGCACAAUGAUUGUGUUGAAAUUGACUUUCAAGGAACAUAAGGUUAUUUCAUAGUGUAGAGUUGUUUUAUCAUUAAGAACUUUUCACUUUUGUAUACCAAAAUAUGUUGUGUACAACUGAAAAGGCACCCCAGUUUUUUUAUUGCCAAAUACACCAUUUGCAGGGAAAUGGAUGAGUAGAUAAAAUUUGAUUUGAUUUGAUGUAGCUAUUCAGUGCCAAAAUUGUUUGAGGCUGCUGCUUUAUUUGAUAAUAUCCCACCUCUGUCAUAUACAAUUGAAGAGACUGUAAUCUUAGUGCAAAUAUUUACCUCUCAUUAUAAACUGGGUGGUUCGAGCCCUGAAUGCUUAUUGGCUGACAUCAGUGGUAUAUCAGACCGUAUACCACGGGUAUGACAAAACAUAUUAUUUUUACUGCUCUAAUUACAUUGGUAACCAGUUUAUAAUAGCAAUAAGGAAUCUUGGGGGUUUGUGGUAUAUGGCCAAUAUACCACGGCUAAGGGCUGUAUCCAGGCGCUGCGCAUUGCGUCGUGCAUAAGAACAGCCCUCAGACGUGGUAUAUUGGCCAUAUACCACCCCCCCUCGUGCCUUAUUGCUUAAUUAACCCAUAAACUGACAUGCUGUGUUAUGGAAUGAUUUUUUUAAUCUACAAAGAAAAAGCUGUAUAUUGAAUUUUAGCAUGCUUUUGCCCUCAGUAUAAAGGAAUGAUGUGGAUAAUAUAUGCAUGUAGGAAUGUUGAAUUGAACUGCUGCGGUUGCCUGUAGAAAUGCACUAUAGUUGGCUGACAUCACAUGACGGACGUAAUCUGUGUUAAACAGUGAAGUAUUAGAGCCCUCUUAAGACAUUAACUUGAUAUUCCUUUUAUAUGCUCAAGGAAACAUUAAAUAAUUCAAUGUUGUCUUAAAAUGGUUACCAUUAACAUUGAUUUGGUAAGGACUGCAGGAUUAAAAAAAUAAUAAACAAUAUGAAGUUA